GGAAGACUACGCGCAGCAAACGCCGAUCCUGGAUCGCUAGUAGCGCGGCUUGAUGUUGUGAUUAUAUGGGUACUACUAUCCUGUGCAAAAGUAUCGUACUCGUAGUAAUUGCAAUCAUGCAUCACAAAUAUCCCUUUUUAGGUAAAUCAGCAUUAAAAAUUCCAUUUUUCUUCUUGAAAAAAUUUGUGAUGCAAUUUGUACUAGUACGAUACUUUUGCAAUGCAUACUUACAACACCUGCACUUCACCCACGAAGAUGUUGAACGACGUAGAUCC